AUGGCCCACCACUCCCAGCCUCUCUACUCCAAUGCGGCGGUGGGGUGUCUCCCCACUCUUCCCCGCAGAACAUCCACAUCCCGAGCCACCCUCAACCAGCCCAUCAAGCGCACACCAAAGUCCCCAGGCGUCCACAGACUCCGUCGGUCUGUGUCUUCAGGCAGUGAAUCGGAUUCGAGCUCGGUCAGGUCAUCGUCUUCAGGGUCGGCAACCCCUCUCUCGCUUCGUGCUCGACGAGCUCGAGGCCCCAACCCUCCUCCGUUCCCUGAACCCCUGACCACCACUCCCGUCACCUCGCUUCGUCGACACGAGCCAGCUGAUCCCUCGACCUCAUCGACGGCUGGAGGGCUCAAGGCCUCAAAGACGGAGGACAACAUCACGUUGUCUCAGAAAAAGGGAUCUGGAUCCCACCCGAUGAUCUACGUCCCUGGAAUGUCGUUACGCCAUGGCUUCCCUAGCACACCUUCCUCUGACGCACCCAAGUCUGCAGCCGGCAUCGACGCACCCAAGCCUAUCCGCAAGAAAUCCGGUCAGCUCGUCAAACCGUCUCUGAAGAGUUCGCGCUCGACGGGCGAUGUGGGGUACCGCGGGCUCACCUCGUCCAAGAGCGAGCCCACCACGCCGAUCUCCAAAGCGGUUCACUUCGACUCGCAGCUGGAGCACGUCAAGCUUUUCCUCGCUGAGCAAAAGCCACUCGCGGUCUCCCGAGACGGCAGCCCCACCGACGAUACAAGUGGCACCGACAGCGACUUCCCUUCCUUCAUCUUUGGCGAUUCGGAGGAUCGUCGCCGCAGCGGACGACGGCGUCUGGUUCUGGACGUCGUCAACAUGCCUCCUCGGAUCAACCUACCCCGAGGCGAGGUCACACUCGAGUCGAUGUCGCUAUCCACGCCCCACUCCUCGUCCAUCGUUGGUGUCGUCCGGGUGCGCAAUAUCGCGUAUGCCAAGCUCGUCACUGUCAGGUUCACGUUUGACUCGUGGCAGACGCUGAGCGAGGUCACUGCGCGGUACAGCAACUCGCCUAGUCCAGAGUAUGAUCGCUUCACUUUCACGAUCAAUCUGACCGAUAUACUGGCGCGGAUUGAGGAGAAGACGCUUGUUCUUGCUGUCAGGUACUCGGUGGCGGGCCAGGAGUUUUGGGAUAACAAUAAUACGCUGAACUAUGUUGCCAAGUUUAGUCGGGUUCUGAGGGAUCGGGCGUUGUCGGAUGAGGAGGUGGAUGAUUCGAAGACGGGUAAUUUGGCGAGUUUGCAGAACAAGUUGGAGAAGGUGGUGCAGGGGAAGGAAGUGGCUGGUGGUAGGAGUGGACCUCCUGCCUUUUUGGCGAGUCCGCGGCAGCCUUCACCUGUGGAUGCAGACCCUGAGACGCCCACUUUCAAGUCUACGACGUCUUUUGCCGCUCGGUAUGAUUUUAGUGCGUCGCUCAAGAAUCCGUGGAGGUACCAGGAUACGCCUGUCGUGCCGCAUUUGAGGACGAAUUCGUUUCCGCAGUUUACGAAGCCUGGUUUGGCUUCGAGGUCUCCACCACCACCAUCAUCUUACUCGCCCUCCCCUUCCUUUUCCACCAAGCCCGUCCUCCCACUAGGUUCUCCCCGCGAUUUGACGGAAUGCGCUACUGCCGUCCCCGUCAAGCCCGCCACCACCCACUCGGACGAUGUUGAAAUCCCGUUCCCUAUUUCUCCUCCUCGAGCUGAAACGCGAUCACCGACUCGUCAUCACCGACGGGGAUACUUUGACAUGAAUGCCUUCCAUGCUCCUAACGUCAAACACACUCCUCCGAUAUCGCCGCGUUUGAAUCCGACCGUUGGAAUCUACGUCCCCGACAACGACGACGACGAUGGUGUGUUGCUGAGGAGUCCGAUUCUGCCUUUGCCUGAGCCGCCCAAGUCUGCGCCGCCAGCCCUGUCGUUGAACAGUGGGUUCGGUGUGGGUGCGGGGUCGUUGGGUACGAUGGUGGCUGGGUUGUUCGGUGGUGACACCUCCAGCGAGAUUUCGACGCCUUCGUUGGGGAAUACGCCGACUAGUUCGAGGGAUACGACACCGUCGCCUGUGGAGGGGUUCAAGGAGUUGCCCUCUACUUCCACUUCUGCUUCUGCUUCCACGUCCUCUUCAUCUUCGUCGUCGUCGGAGAGUACGGAGAGUGAGGAGAGUGAUGGACCGCCUAGUCCGGAGGAUCAUUAUCGGGAGUUGAUUAGCCAGUAUUGUUUCUUCACUGGUUUUGAGGAUGGGUUAGUUUCGUCGCCUGUGCAGGAUGGUGCGUUGUUGGUGGAGUCUUCGUUCAACAUUCCUCCUUCCAAAGAGGGUAGGGAGAGGGAGGAGGAGGCGACGCCUCGUUUGGUGUCCACUCGGUUUGGGUUUGAUACGGUUGUGGUUCGUGGUGGCUCGUUGACGCCUACAGAGUCGAGGUCUGCGACGCCUGUGCCUUUUGUGGUGUGA